CUCUUCUUCUUCUUCUCUCUCUUCCAAUGGGCAUUGGGUCUCUGUUUCAGUGCCUCUCUUUGUCUCGAACUUCAGCCUCCACAGCACAAAUAUAUCCCAUAACUCCAAACCCUAUCUCUCACUCCUUCCCCCUUCCCCUUCCCCUUCCCCUUCCUCUUUAGCUUCGCUUCAUCACCGAUUGCAUUUUCUCCUCUUCUUCCCACAAUUUCUCAUCCAUUUUUCACUCCCACUUUUUCCACUUGGGAACAUCCGAGGCCUCUCCAACAAUCUCACUAUGUGAUAGUAUGUUGAUUUGCUGCAACUCAUUUUGAUACUUAACUAAUGGCGGCCAAUCAACGGAGGAAAAGAUUGAGUUCUGCCAGUGUAGUUGGUCACAGUUCAAGAGAACUAUAUAGAGUGAAAAAAAAGAAUGUUGCCUUGACACACAAUGAUGCAAAAUUAAGUUCCCAUAUUACUCUGGAGUGGGAUGGGAGUAAAAGAAGAGUUGUUCCUAAAAGGGAACAAGUUGGCAUAAGUAGGAGAAAUUUGAGACCAUUUGUUGAUUCGGUUUCUAACGAACACACUAUCUUAGCUGACGUUUUUGAUGUCCCUCAUGAGAUUUUUGAGUUGGAAAAUUUAUCAGAAGUCCUUUCACAUGAGGUUUGGCAGACAUAUCUUUCAGAAAAUGAAAGAAACAAUCUGAGGAAGUUUCUUCCUGGAGGACAAGAAAAUGAGACAGUUGUGGAAGCGUUGUUUUCUGGGGAUAAUUUUCAUUUUGGAAAUCCUCUUGUUAAAUGGGAGGCUUCACUUUGCUCUGGUGCCCUUCACCCUGAUGCAGUUCUUCAGCAUGAACAGUGCUUAAGGACAGAUAAAAAAGCAUACUCCCAUGAGUUACAGAAGUACCAUAACAAUAUGAUUGGAUAUCUGCAAAAACUGAAGGAAAGAUGCACAAACUGCAAAGAUCCGGAGAAGGAAAUCAUACAUCAAACAUGGAGGUCAAGAAAUGCAGAAAAGAGAGUCUCCACCCUAGUGAAUGAGUCCAGAUUUGACUAUCACGAGGAUGAUGAUACAGCUACAUCAGAAUCUGGUUCGUGGGGUUCAGAGGAGAAAGCAUGUAGCAGUGAUAACCAGACUUCUUUCAUGAAGGGUAGAGUGUUUUCAGAAAGGAUGUGCAAUAAAGGAUACAAGCGAGACAGAUGCAGAACUUCAUCAACUGCUUUAGAUGACAUGCUCAACGUGGGAACGAGACCCGAGGACAAGUUACAAAAACGCAACUUACAGUGCAGUGAUGGUUCCAAAUAUAUGUCAUAUUGCAAGAUCAGUAAGAAGCAGCAUGACCUCGUGAAGAACAUGAAGCAAUCAGGAUCCCUCCACCAAGUUUUAGGUGACAUCAAAGCUUUUAAUGUACAGCCAUACGAAGUAUUUGUAGAGGAAGAACGGAAGAAGUUGCAUGAGCACUGGUUGCAAUUAUCAAAAGUUCAUCUCCCAGUUGCAUAUGCAAAUUGGAGAGAGACUCAUUUACAGAGACGGCAAAUAACCAAGGCCUUGGAGCAAGAUCUGAAAGAUAGACAAACAUUACUGAUGGAUGUGGACACUGAAAGCCAUGAUAGCAUGCGCCAAGAACAAAUGGAUACUGAAGAAGCGGAUCAAAUGGAUAUGAGCCGUACAACCAGUGAAUCUGUUGAAAAAUCUAUUUCUGGCUCCCAAAGUAGUCCGUCUUCAGAGCAGGUUAAUGGGGAGCCGGAGAUUGACAGCAAUUUGGAUCCUGAAAGCCACAACACCCCAAAUUCUGGUGAUACUCAUCUUGAAGAGUCUGAAAUAUCAAGAAACUUGAAUGCUUUAGAUUGCUCGGUCAGCCAGGGAGAGGCCCUGCAUUCUAUUGGUGAUGUUCGCUCAGGACCAAGCAUGCCAAAGAAUUACUACAGCUCCACAACCGGCCAUGAUUAUGCAUCUAUCAAUAAUUUGUCUCUUGCAAAUUCUCAUGCCGAUGAAGAGCUAAAAACUCAAGUUUUCGAUAUUGAAUCUGACUUGUCUGUCAGUGACAUUAGUAAAAAUUUGUUGCCUAGACGAUCAGAUGACGGCACUUUUGUGAAAUCUGGCUUACAUAGCAGAGAUAUUGGGAAAAUUUUGUUGCCUAGACAAUCAGAUAAUGGCACUUUUGUGGAACCAGAUUUGCAUGGCAGAGAUAUUGGCAAAAAUUUGUUGCCUAGACAAUCAGAUAAUGGUACUUUUGUGGAAACAGAUUUGCAUGGGAGAGAUAUUGGCAAAAAUUUGUUGCCUAGACAAUCUGAUGAUGGCACCUUUGGUUCUUAUGAAACCCAAGGUAAAGAUGGGUUACUUCACUCUGUGUUCAAGACACAAGGAGCGCUGCCCUUCCAUCACAAGGAGAGGCACUCAGGUUUAGAUUUCCAGCCAUCAAACAAUGACUUGAUAGAAGAGAGUCAGUAUUCUAGACAUUUCCGGGAGCAGCCAGAUUUAUCCAUGCCUUUGCCGCAACGAGGAAAGGAAGAUGAGCAAGUUUACAUGCAACAUGGUGGUGUUCCUGAGAAUAUUUUUCCUGAUGGCAACAGGUAUUUGAUCCCGGCACAGCAACAGUUGACCACAGUUGGAAUGCAGGAUUGGGCUGUCAAUGCAGUUCGCAUGUCUUCCCAUAUCCAUUCUCAUCCCAUAAAUGGUGCAAGUUUAUUAGGCGAGAACUGGUUUUCGGGCGAACAUCAAGUCCGUGGCGGGUUCACAGGGUCUGAUAGCGUCAUGGUCCCAAACCAGAGCAUUGGUAGUGGAAGCAUCAGCACAGAUCAAACCUUAUUCAGUGUUCUCUCUCAAGGCAAUCAAUUCCGCUCCCCUUUCUAUGCAAUGGGGUCAAAUGGGCAAUUCAUUUCAUCAAGGAACUACGGCAUGCUGCGUGAAGGAAAUCCCAUGAUCGGCAACAUCCUACCUGAAGCAUCCAAUCCUCUCGACUACUUGGGGGGAGGGCAUGAAAUAGCAUCCCAGGGUAUGGGCUGGGUAGGAAUGAGGCAUCAGAAUUCCAAUUUGACUGAUCCAAUGGAGAAACCAUAUUUGAGAUCAUGGAAUCAAUGAGGAGAAAUCUGUGGGAGAGACAGGGCCAUGAGUUUGGCUUCAGUUGGAGCCUAAGAUUUUCAUUAGAAAGAGGAAGAAAAAGAAACAAAUUGUGGAAGUUUGAAAGAGUGGUAGGCUGUUAUACAUAAUACCAAAUUCAUCAUACAAGAAGAGAAGCAAACCCAACACCAUGUAUAUAUCUAGAUGUUAGAUGGGCAGCUGAAACUGAAAGAGAAGAAGAAAUUUUCAAGUUCCAGGCAAAAGUGCUUUUUCCUGGUAAGGUAAAUUUUUGUAGCUUGUUCUUUUAUCUUAACACUUCUCCUCUCUAUUUUGUUUGUUACUUAGAAAGAUAUUUCAAUAAUUUUGGAGGCUACAAAGCCAUCUGAGGCCAAAAUGCUUUAAAGCCAUGAUUCUCCUCAUUGUUUCCUUUUUAUUUACCGUUAAGUUGAUUGGUUUCCAUGUGAGGUGAUGUUAACAACUGCAGCCAGGUGAAAUGAGUUCUAUUUUGCUUGGUUUCAA